CCUGCGGCCGGCCGCUAAUCCUCAGAAGAAAAGUCAAACAUUAGCAGGGGAAACAGCUUGUGCCUUAUGUAAGGCCCCCUGGGGAAGGCACAAACACAGCUUGUUGGAGCUGAGCUGCCCAACUCUAGCAGCUGCUGGACCCUGGACAGAGCAAGGGCUUCAGCCACCUCGACCACCAGCCCCACCGGAGGGAGCCAGGCCCAGCCAUCAGCUCUGGACCAUCUUGCCCGACGCAAUGACCUUCUCCAAGCUCAUGGACAACGUGAACAGCAAGGGCCCCUUCCAGUUCCUCGUCACGGUCCUGCUGGGCAUCCCAAUCCUGGGCAUGGCCAACCACAACCUGCUGCAGAUCUUCACGGCCGCGACCCCUGCCCACCACUGCCGCCCAGCCCCCAACGCCUCCGCGGGGCCCUGGCUGCUCCCCAUGGGCCUGAAUGGGAAGCCCGAACCAUGCCUCCGCUUCGCAUACCCCCCCAACGCCAGCCUGACCAACGACACCCAGGGGGACACCGAGCCCUGCCUGGACGGCUGGGUCUACAACAUCAGCACCGGGAACUCCAUUGUGACUGAGUGGGACUUGGUCUGCGACUCCAACAAACUGAAGGAGAUGGCCCAGUCUGUGUUCAUGGCGGGCAUACUGAUUGGGGGGAUCGUGCUGGGAGACCUGUCUGACAGGUUUGGCCGAAAGCCCAUCCUGUCCUUCAGCUACCUGAUGCUGGCGGCCAGUGGCUCAGGUGCAGCCUUCAGCCCCACCCUCCCCACCUAUAUGGCCUUGCGCUUCCUGUGUGGCUUCAGCAUCUCAGGUGUUAGCCUGAGCACCGUGAUCUUGAAUGUCGAGUGGGUGUCUACCCGGAUGCGAGCCAUCACAUCGACUACAAUCGGCUACUUCUACACCUUCGGCCAGUUCAUUCUGCCCGGCCUGGCCUAUGGCAUCCCCCGGUGGCGCUGGCUACAGUUAACCGUGUCCAUUCCCUACUUUGCCUUCUUCCUGUUGUCCUGGUGGGUACCGGAGUCCAUACGCUGGAUGGUCCUGUCUGGAAAAUCUUCAAAGGCCUUGAAGAUUCUCCAGUGGGUGGCUAUCUUCAAUGGCAAGAAGGAAGAAGGAGAGAAACUCAGCCUAGAGGACCUCAGACUCAACCUGCAGACGGAGAUGUCCUUGGCCAAGGCCAAAUACAGCGUAGCGGACCUGUUCCGGAUACCCAUCCUGCGCCGUGUGACCUUCUGUCUUUCCCUGGCCUGGUUUGCCACCGGUUUUGCCUACUACAGUUUGGCUAUGGGUGUGGAAGAAUUCGGAUUCAACCUCUACCUCCUCCAGCUCGUCUUUGGUGGGGUCGACAUCCCAGCCAAGUUCAUCACCAUCCUUUCCAUAAGCUAUCUGGGCCGGCACAUCACCGAGGCCACUACCCUACUCCUGGCAGGAGGUUCCAUCCUGGCUCUCAUCUUUGUGCCCUCAGACUUGCAGACCCUGAGGACAGUACUGGCUGUGUUUGGAAAGGGAUGCCUGUCAAGCUCCUUCGCCUGCCUCUUCCUCUACACAAGCGAGCUAUACCCCACAGUCAUCCGGCAAACAGGUAUGGGCAUCACUAACCUGCUGACCCGCGUGGGAAGCAUGACCGCCCCACUGGUGAGAAUCACGGGAGAGAUGCAUCCCUUCAUCCCCAAUGUCAUUUUUGGGACCACCGCCCUCCUGGGAGGCAGUGCUGCCUUCUUCCUGCCUGAGACCCUCAAUCGACCCUUGCCAGAGACCAUCCAAGACAUGGAAAACUGGCAAAGGAGCCAAAGCUGGAGUCAGAAGCAGAAAAAGCUACCCAGAGGAUUCCUCUGCAGCCCUGUGGACUGGACCUGCGCCCCAGCUGAGGGCAGCAGAACCCCAUUUCCCUGCCUCCAGAGACUAAUCCCAGCCAGGUCCCUGCCUGCCUCUGGGCUCCGCAGGCAUUUGGAGGGGCACUGGGCGGGUCCGUGCUCUUAGAACAAAGUUUCUGAGAGCUUGUGAAGGUUCUCAGCCUUCCCUUACCUCUCUGUCCUCAUCCUCCCUGUAGCCCAGGCCCUGCCAUUCUUCUGCCCAGUCCUUCCCCACUUUCACCUCUCCCAUUGUUCCAGCUCCCUUUUCCUGAGGUCCCCCAGAUUCCCUGGCUCGAUCCUAACAAAGACAGCCUCCCCUUCUUGCCCUCCACCCCUUUCUUCAAUGGGAGGUUUCAAUAAAUGGCAAUGAAGAACGCAUACUGCUCAGGAAGAGGGAAGGGGAAGGGGGCAGGCCACUGUGUACCCAUGUGAGCUGCACAUGUACCCAUCUGUACUUGUGUACAAGCAAGUGUGGGCAUGUAGGGUCACACAAGCUGGGCUGAUGUGAAUAUGUACGUGCAUGUGGAGUGCACUGAGCUAUUUUAUACACCUUACACAUUAGUCUGCUCCAGCUGCUACAACAACCUGCCACUGACUAGGUCACUAAAACCACAAACACUUCUUUCUCACAGUUCUAGACGCCUCGAAGUCCAGGAUCAAGGUGCUGGCAAACUCAGUUCCUGGUGAGGGCUCUCUUCCUGGCUUGCAGCUGGCCACCUUCCAACUGUAUCCUCACGUGGAGAGAGAGGAAGCAAGUUUUCUGGUGUCUCUUCCAUAAGGACACCAAUCCCAUCAUGAGGGCCGCACCCGCAUGACGUCAUUUAACCCUAAGUCUCUCCCAGAGGCCCCACCUCCAAUUACCAUCUCACUGGGGGUUAGGCUUCAACAUAUGAAUUUGGGCAGGGACACAAUGUGGUCCAUAGCAAGUCCUGUGCUUGGGUGUGUCUACAUGUCCCAGAGAGCAUGUGAGCACAUGAGUGGACAAACCCAGAGAGGCAGCAGACAGAAGCCGGGCCCCUCCAGUCCUGAUCUUCCGGCCUUGCUUGCCCCAAGUCUCUGAUCCAUGUCUAGCUCCACACCCAUCAGACAGUUUUGUCUCCUAUUUAACUGAGAAAACUGCAGCCAAAGCUGACCACCUUUGAUGUCUGCUGCCAUGUUUCCCACAUUCCUUCUAAUCGCAGCAGAAAAGCCCAGUCCUCCAUUGGGGGCCUGCAUCCAGCCUCUCCCACCAGCCACUAUCCGCUUUUCCCCUUGGGUCUCUCCCCAUUCCCUUUCUCCUGGUUCCUUCCAUCACCAGUUAAAGAAGCUCAAGCCUCUCUUAUCUUAACAAAAACCAAACAAGCAAACGAAUCCUCCUCGGAUCUCCUCGGAUCUCCCUCCAGAGAUCACACUGUCUCUUUCUCCCAUUCAUAGCCAAACUUCACAGAGGAGGCGUCUGCCUCCCCGGCCUCCACAUUCUAACCUCAUACCUCUCCAUACUGGCUCCUACCCCUUCCCUGAAACUGCUUUCACCAAGGACACUCAUCACCCCUCUGCUGAAUCCAUAGGUCACUUUUUGUCCCUCCUCUUACUUGGCUUCUAUGCACAUUGGUUCUACUGGCCACACCCUCCUUCCUUGGUUUCUGAGAUGCCACAUGCUUGCAGCUCCUUCCCACACUCAGGCUGUUCCUUCUCAGUCUCCUUUGGCAUUUCCUCAAGGGUCUACAUCCCCAGAACCUACUAACUGAACAGUUACAUGACCCUAUAUCUCUGGACCAGAGGGCACUGCUGAUCCAAAUCUCAUUAAUCACGUGUUCUGUCCUCGGCGCAGUUUGAGCCAUGGAGGUUCUAGUCCAUCUCUUAGUCCUUGUCCUGAGAAGGUAAAUUAGCAGGAGGGUGGGCUAGCCCAGAUGCAAGUAGAGAAGAGAAAGCCAGCAAGCAGAGAAACAAUGAAGCAGGUGCACAAAGAAAAGAACAAGUGACAAUAGGGGCCCAGAUAAAUAGAACUGGUGAGACCAUUUGCACUGAUUCUUCAUGGAUUUCAAGUUCCAGAUUCUUAUCAGCCCUGGAUGCACUUUCUGACCUAAGGUCUAGUAAAGAUCCCUGAAUUCUCCAAAUAAAUUCCCCUUUUUGUUUAAGCUAAACUUGAAGAUUUCUAUUCCUUAUAACCAAAUAAUUCCAAAAUCAUCUCCUCUUCUUCCAUCAUCUCUUAAACACUGACAUUCCUCAGAACCCAUUCCUAGGAUCUCUUCCUCUAAUAACCUUUCCAGCACUGUCCAAUGGAGAUAUGAUG